GCAAACUUAAACCUGCUCCUUUUGCUAUGCCUUUUUCUCCCUCCUCGCUUUUUACGGAGCUAGAAGAAGGAGCACGUUUCGGCCGCGUUUUUGUACACCGGGCGGCACAGAAGUGCAUUGUGUUGGGACCGGAGCAGGGAGGGAGGAGGAGGAGGGUGCUGGAGGAGCACAGCUGCACGGCGCACAAGAGCCGGCAUCUCAGCCUGACAGGCAGGCGAGCAGCAAGAGGGAGAGAGCGAAACGAGGGCUCUUCCGCCGCACUCUUUGAGGGGGUUCCUCUCCGUCCAGCGUUCGCCCCCACCAACCCGACAAACUCACCAUUCCCCCACGUUACAGCAGCUCCGUCCGGGAUUUUUAUUUAUUUAUUUAAUUGUUUUCAAAUCAAAGCACUGAAAUGUGGAAUGGACGCGGACAAGAGAAAGGAUUCUGUUCUCCUCUUCUGUGGCUGGCUACUCAAAUUCAGUACAUGGGUGGAGCAGCAUCUGUUAAUGCAGUCCAGGAUUGCUGACAUCAAGCCAGGAGUAGAAAGUCAAGGAGCUGGCUUGUGCAGUCUGCAGCUUCAGGAGGAGCCAUUUCAAAUACUUUUACAACAGUACUGAAGAAGACCUUGAGGCCUUGAUGUUGCUGGAAACAACUCGUGGACAUUUAAAAACCAAAAUCAUAUGUAGGCAUUAAGUUUACUGUUUCUGUCAGUAGAAGACACUUCACUUGCCUGGUCAAUCAAAGUUGGAAAUCGCCCUUCAUUUAUUUAAUUUGCAGUGAGAGCACUCAGUACAUACAAGUUACUCAUUUUUCAGCACCAAGAAAACAGCAGAAAGCAGAUCAUUGCUGUUCAAAGCCAAACAAGUAUCUCCAAAACAGUAACUUUACAGAAAAGGUUUUAGAGCGUUUUUAUAGGUGCAUUCAUCAUGAAUUUUUUACACAACAUAAAGGAGAGCUGGUGUUUUGAAAUCAUGUAGAAAACAGAAAAUCAACAAAAAUGGAGAGACAUGGUUUUCUUUGGACAGCCAUGAUAUAUUUAACAGAAAAUCUCACAGGAACCUCAAUGACUAAGUAGAAUAUCAGGUUUUGUCAGUAUUUACUGUGUCCACUCUUAGAUAGAUAGAUAGAUAGAUAGAUAGAUAGAUAGAUAGAUAGAUAGAUAGAUAGAUAGAUUGACACACAUCCAGUGAUGUUGAGGUCUGGACUCUGGGGUGGUUAAUUGUUUUGAGACCACCAGCAACUUCUUUACUUGCAAAUUUUUUUUUUUUUUAUUUCUUUUGUCUUCUCACAGUGGAACAAUGGACAUAAGCACUUGUGGAUGUCUUUAGCUCUGAAGCAGCUGGAUUUUCUGGUGAUUUUUUGGUGGAUUUUUUUUUUUUUUUUAAGUGCUUUUUCUGAUACAGUUUUGGUGGCUGUCAGGUCCUUUAGGUGGUUGUUAGGAGUCCCAGUUUUUUCUCUGUGCCUUUUUAAUCAUUUUUUAAACUCUAUUUUUGGAAACCGUUUUUUUUUUUUUUUUUUUACCUUUUUUUAACUUUCACUGUCCUUAUGCAAGCUGAUUAUCUUACAUCUAAUCUCUUGCUGAAAAGUGAACAACUUGUAGCUGUUUUAACUGCCAAAGAAAGAAAUAAACAGUGGACUCCACGGUACUGAAGGUGUUAUCCAAAUCUCUGGUACUGCAUUGGUGCCAAACGGUGCAAUCUCCUAAAGUUGACUGCUUAAACUGUAUAACUUUACCCAGAGGUCAUUCGGCCAGGCUUAAAGAAUUUUCCACAGUUGCGCUGCAGCCGUGCAUAAGUCAUGUAGCUCUGCUCUUCUCUCCUUCAGUGCUUUACCUGCAGCGCUGUGUGUGUAUGUGUGUGUGCUGCACAGCAGGAGCUGUUGAAGUGUGUGUGUGGACUGCAGCAGACACCAGUUGGUAAGUGCUGCAUAUACAGAGGGCAACACAGUCAGGCACAUGUACGUACAUCCAUGUAUUCAUGCCAAGAAAAAGACAGAGGGCACAGAGUUGAAAACCUCAGCUCGCUCUCUUUCAGACAACGAUUAGACAUGCCAGUAUGCACGUACACACUUUCACCUACACAAGCUUACAAAUCCCCAGCUAACUUAAAGGAAAUUAAAGAGGGUUUUUGCAAACUUUUGGCUAAUGAAAUAGUUUAGAUGAAGUUAUUCAGGUUUGAUGUGAAAUGCUCUGAAUAGUUUACCGUGAUGGGGAUAUUUACCAGACAGCUGAAGAGUAUAAUGCCUCUAAACCAGGGCUGCAUGAAGUUUGACAUUUAAUUUGGCCUACCUGAAAGUUUCCCCAACCCCACCCGGUCACCUAAUGAGAGAACAAAUGUUUCAAUACUGUAUUUUGCGCCUGUAUCUCCAAAAUAACUUUACAGAAAAAAGGAAGAAACCUACUUUACUUUCAGUGUAAGUCAGUGGAUCCAGACUUUUUUCCAACUCAUUUUGGGUCAUGUCCAUUCAUCAUGAAAUGUACAGAA